AAGUUUCUUGGAUCCCGCUCCCGGAUCCUGGUCUUUCCAAGUAAUAGGCCCCGACGUCAUUUACAUGAUGUCUUCACUUCCUGUCACGCCUUCCUGGUAUCCUCCGUUAGAAACACACUCAUAAACACAAACACAGUCAUGGCGAGAGUCUUGCCGCCGCUACUGCUGCUACUCAUGCCGCUAAGUCCUGGAAUUGCACCAAGCGCCACAUUGGCCAUGGACUGCAACGCUGCAGACACCAUCGUGAAGGAAGGACAGACAAAAGUAAUUCUGAGAGUUCGCUUUCAUGAGGUGAAAUACAAUCUUAUUCUGUUUGUGAAACCUGAUACAGACUUUGAGGGCGUCCGGCUCGAUGUGCAGGAAACGGACGGCACUAACCACACUGCAUGGUUACCUGAGGAAUGCAUCCCGCGUGAUGGCACGUGGCGGGAAUUCCUGGUGUGGACAGGACUGACUGAGACAAAGAUUGCCUUGCGCUUUAGGACUGGUAAAUGUAGGAGAUGGUGUGAGAGCGAAACUACCCUUCGACAGCCCAUCAGAAUCACCGUGGUUGCUCACGGCCCUUCCAGGUGGAUUAAAAGAUACACACCCGAGAACUGUAACGUGACCAACGUUUUGAAUGUUGAUCCUGAACGACUGUCCAUCUGUCAGGAGCCCCCCUCUAUUAGCACUACCACUAAAGCUACUAACUUCAACAACACGCCUUCUGGGAGCCUCUUAACUUCUAAGCUGAUACAGAACAAGAUGAUAAUAAUGAUAAUAGCGACGUCAGUAGUGGUAGCGGUGGCGGUGAUUACAAUGGUGCUGGUGCUGCUUGUCUGUCGAAGGCGGAAUUCUGUGACAUUAUCAAAUGAAGCGAAGUUCCAGUCCCAAGUUGACGUUCUCCACCACUACUUGCAGUUAAACACAGGCCUGGGACAAAUCUCAGUCAAGAACUAGGAAGGCAUCUAUCACAAUAUCCUGCCUGACCUCACAGCACGACGUAAGGUAAUAUAAUGUCGUGGCCUGCACAUGACAAAAGUCCUUCUAAAAUUAUAUAAUGCCUAAGAACGGUAUGUGAUAUCGCUCACCUGUUAACGAAAAUGACUCUUCCCGCUGGUGGUGCCUUAUGCCAGAGUAGACACACCUCACAUUCCUUUCUCCCACUUGACGAUCCCUGCCCUAACCUGACGUUUCACUUCGACCCUCAUUAGGACAGACGCUUCGCCUGGGGCAACCUUGCUCCCCUUUGUCCCGGGCCAUGUCAUGAACCCUGCGUUCCCCAGUGUGGCUUCUGGCGGCUUUCACUUUCUUUCUCUUGUAUUGUUAUUUGUACUUAUACUUUUAUUGUAAUACAUUUGGAGACUUUGCUACCACCGCCUUUUCUCUACAGCAUCUCUACAUUGUAAGUACUACAAUCACAUACUAAUAUAGAAUGGUGGUUCCGACAGAAUAUCUGCUCAAGUUCUCUUGCCCCAUUUCUACUUGCCUGCCGGCUACCUUUGUUGUGCCGAGUUUCUCUGUUCUUGCCCAGGCCGCCUGCUGCGUCGCCUGCCAGCUACGGAGCUUUUGCGGCUUUAGAGCUUUAGAGCCUUUACAAGUUUCUCCAGCCUUGCUUGCUCAUCAGUUCUUGCCUGUACAAUUUCAAGUUGUCGUCCAACACGAUUCUUCAUCCAUCCUGUAUUUCUGUCGCGCAAGACGAUCCCGUAAGCCGUGAUCCGAUGCAAGCUGCAAGCCGUCAAAUAAAAUACAUAUAUGGACUAUUUAUAUGCUCUUCAUACUGGUCAUCGACGGAUUCAAGUACUGCUGUUCCCGCCGUUUCGACUUUUCAGGCUCAGUCUUCGUAUCGUGCAUUUUUAGUGCCAUUAUAAGCGCAGUGCAGUUAUGUGUAUUUUAUAAUUUUUUGGCGUAGAAACGUCUCAUUCUCUUUAUUUUCGUAUACUAGUGUUUUCUUGGUCUCUUAUUACCCAAUAAGUCCCUGCUGUUAUUACGUGUCCUCCUUGUCAUAGCGAGCCUCCAUCACUUCGUGUUUUGCGAGAUAUGAUGGUAUCUUAUAAGGUGUGACCGAGCAUUGUACCGGGGUGGGCACACUGCACAUUACUUUUUGUGCUUUUCUCUUAAGAAUUCUUAGAUCUUUGACUGAUACCAACUAUUGAACCCCAUUAUAAAAUGACGAAAGAGAAAACCAAUUAAAUCUUGUAUUAUUCGAUUUCCCGUUAAUAGUGAGAUCUCUUUAAUUUUUUUCAUUAAAUAACAAUAAUAGUAAUAAGUUAUCACAUAUUUUGUAAGGAUUUGAGUGCAUGAAUUAGGUCCCGCACAAGGCGUGUUUAGAAUAUUUUGUCUCGGUAGUUAAGUACUUAAGGUAGCGCUGCUCUGGCACUCCCGAUAAGCAGUCUUCUUUCAUAUCCUCUUUCUUUAGUAUGAAGAGGAUGGUAAUUCCAAAGGUCAAAAAGGCUAAUACAGGAAACCUAACUGGAUCGAUGGCAAGACCUUCUUCCUUGUACAGUUAGUGUUAUAAGAAAAGAUGUAGCCUGAAAAGCUUUACUCACUUAACACCACACAAACACACAGAAAAAAAAAAAAAAGAUGCAUGAGGCUCUAUUGCCCAUAAAAUAAGUGACAUAUGCCAAAAACAGGACACAGGAAGACCCACUGUAAUAACUCCUCUCAUGUUAUAAAAUGCUACUAUGUGACAAAAGGUGGAGAUACGAGCAAGGCAAAACUUCCUGGCAUAGGAAGUUGUAUAUUCUUUCAAAUAUCAAGAUUGAAUUGUAGACUGACGUAAAAAGAAUGGCACAAAGAAAAGCAAUGUGUGUUUUAUUUAAUGUACGAUUAAGAAUAUGUUAGAGACAAAGAUAAACUAAUGUUUUAAUUUAGCUAAGUUGUUGAGAUAUUUAUACAUAAGACUGAAUGUUAAUAAUUUUCAAACUUCAAUAUUUCUCGUUUAUAAUUGCGCAAGCAUGAAAUAGACUCUGUAAAAACAAUAAAGUGUUAUUAGUGCUA